AAAAGAUUAAAAAGAGAAUUUUACGCCACUUCCCGUUCUGCGUAGUAGCAGUCGCAGCAGCAACAGAAACUAACAUGGCGGCGGCGGAGAAAGCGACAAAAGAUCGUUUGUUGUCGGUAUUGGAUGAUCUAGAGGUCUUAUCUCGGGAGAUGAUUGAGAUGUUGGCUCUGUCCAGGAGUCAGAAGUUGCCUCACCCAGGAGAAGAUGCUCAGAUCCUGGAGCUGCUGGUGCAGAGGGACAGAGAGUUCCAGGAGCUGAUGGAAGUGGCUCAGCAGCAGGGCAAAAUCCACCGAGAAAUGCAGCAGCUGCAGAAAGAGGUGGAGAAGAGAGAUAGUGACAUCCAGCAGCUGCAAAAGCAGCUGAAAGAGGCAGAACAGGUCCUGGCCACAGCAGUUUAUCAGGCGAAAGAGAAACUAAAAUCCAUUGACAAAGCCAGGAAAGGAAGUAUCUCCUCAGAAGAAAUAAUUAAAUAUGCUCACAGAAUCAGUGCCAGUAAUGCUGUAUGUGCUCCUCUGAAUUGGGUACCAGGUGAUCCACGACGACCUUAUCCCACAGACCUGGAGAUGCGCAGUGGGAUUCUUGGUCACAUGGCAAAUAUGCCAACCAAUGGCGUUAAUGGUCAUCUGCCAGGCGAUGCAUUGGCUGCUGGGAGGUUGCCAGACAUCCUAACUCCUCACUACCCCUGGCAGUCGUCAGACAUCGCAGCGGGGAUGCUGCCACCUCACCACACCAACGACUUUGGCCUGGACCCUCCAGGACACAACAAAGAGAACGAAGACGAUGUAGAGGCCAUGUCCACAGACUCAUCCAGCAGCAGCAGCGACUCGGACUGAAAAUGUGUUUGUGUGUUUUGGACAUUCGGGGAUGCAUAUGUGUGUAUAGGUUAUUUUCAAUUACAGUAUAGUUUUUUCCUAUUUUAUUGGCUACGUUUUGGAACUAAUUGAAGCACAGAUUUCUGCUGCACUCUACCAAAAACUUAUAUACCAGGGGCAGAUUUUGAACAAUUAAGUAGGAUUGUUUCAGUUCACUGUGAAACCACAAAGUUCCAAAAGUAGGUGAACAUCACGGUGGCUCUAUCAGUAAAAAGGUCAUUACAGUCCAUUACAGCUAUAUAAAAUAACUCUGUUUGUAAAUGAAGGUUUUUCAAACAUGAAAUGCAAACAGUCCUACUCAUCAUUAUAGACAUCACUUCCUGGUGUCUGUGGUACAAGUACAUGUUAUUCUUUGGUACUAGUUUCACAUAUUUCCGUACAAAUGUUUUUGUAUGUGUAAAUGUUUGUGUAUAUAUUGUAUGUAAAUAAAUGAUCUUUGAAAAAAAAAAAGUUUGUACUAAGGUUAUUCUAGGCUCUUGCUGCACACAGAAACUCAUUAGGUUUAAGUCAAGACAUUUAUAUAUACUAGAAUAGUCUUUAUUGACAUUGUUUGGUUAGAACAUAACAAAAUUGGGGAAGGCUUCUUCACAGGUGUAUCACAGAUAAAUACUUACAACAUUACUCUGCUGUAAUAGUCAUUUACAUAAACAACAAAACAAAAAAAACAAGCAGCGAUCAGCACUACAAUGACACCAAUGGCAAGAAAUUUACUUAAAUAUUAAUAAUAUAGAUUUGUCAUAUGUCUCAUGUCAAAUGGAAAGAAUCACAAUUAGCGAGCGUUUAAAAUUUAUUUGACUUUGUCAAGCAUUGACAGGGUGUCCAUGAGGUGCUAAAAUAUUAAAGGUUGAUAAAUCAAUUUCAGCAAAUUUAACUCUUAAUUGUGAUACUCUUAGAUAUUACAUUUUGAGGGUGCGCAUGGUUUGGCUGACCUAUUUCACUGCAAAAAAUGUGCAUGAAUGUAUUCAUUUUAUUCUCUAUGACUAAAGAUAACCGAGGGAGGAAGAUGGGGAAAUGUAAGAUUUCACACGCCUUGUUGGAUAAUUCAGAUUUUUUUUUACAAAAUAGCUGAAGCCUGUGACAGAUAAGGCUUGCUUUAUUUUAAAGAAGAAAAUCAGAGUUUAGUUUGGAGAAAGAUAUUCAUCAACAAACUUUUUUUACGGACAAAAACAAAAUAAUCUGCUAUGUUAAAAGACUAUGAUGAAAUGUAAUGAACACACCCGAAAAUUUAAAUAUAUUUGGGAACCUAAUAACAUUUUUAUUUGUACAAAACACUGAAUGUGUUGCUGCCACCUAGUGACUAGAGACUUGUUAUCAUUCACGCACUACAGAAGUGGCCCAUCUAUGUCCAGCAUGCCAUAUUUCAUUGGAGGCCCCCACGCUCUCCCUGGCACCUCACUGUGAGGUUUUCUGGAAAGUUUUGAAAAGUCUUCAGAUGAUAUUAGAAUUAGCUUGAGGAUUUUUGUCCACAAAUCUGUUUUACUUUCAGUUAUCAAACAAAGGCAAUAGGAUUCCCAAGGCAAAAACCUCGAAAACAUGUGUGCUCAGUGCAUUCUGUUUAUUUUAUGUUUGUCUUUAAGGCCCCUUCAAUUCUAUCUGAAUGUGUUUAAUUCGUUAUUGUGUUGGGUCGGUUAUGAAAGAAGUGGCUUUUACGACAUUUAGGUUUCUCUUUGUCUGGGAGCCAGAGCAUUUCUUUUCUCUCGUUUCUUCAAUUUGUGUAACUUCCCCUAUGCAUUUGUGUUGCAUAACUUUCUCCAACGUAUUUGUGUUACACAAACUCUCCUCCUCUAUUUCCACCAAACGACCAACACCGACCAUUACGAUGGAAAAAGCAAUUAGUUACGUUGUCUGUAAUUGGAAAAGUAACCCCAUAACUGACGCCGUUUAUUAUAUGGCUGAUAUUACCGUCACUGAAUGUAAUUAGAUAAAUAAAUAAUAUAAUUGUAUUUAUAUUUUAUGUGUUAUUAUUAAAAAACAAAAUAUCACAAUAUCAAAAUAUAAAAAUGUUUAAUAUCUUUAUCAUAUUUAGAACGUACGUAUGUAUCUUCAAAGGGGCCACUGUCCUUCUGUCACUGAGCCGAGUACACUACGCAUGCGUGUACAUACGGCUUGUCAAUAGAGAAGACAUGGCGGCGUCCCUGUUCUACGGCCGACUCACGGCCACUCUUAAAAACUGCUGUGGCAGAAGCUCCAUUACCUCCUCCUCAAAGCAGGUUCUUGGUGGAUCUUCCCUUUUCAGAGGACUGGUGUCUCCUCAACUGCAGCAACAGCAGCAGAGAAACCUGUCUCUCCAUGAAUACAUGAGCAUUGGGCUCCUAAAGGAGGCUGGAGUCAUGGUGCCUGCAGGAAUGGUGGCCAGCUCGCCAGAUGAAGCGUACAGCGUGGCCAAACAAAUUGGUACUAAAGACCUGGUGGUUAAAGCUCAGGUUCUCGCAGGAGGCAGAGGAAAGGGGACAUUUGAGGGAGGACUGAAGGGCGGCGUCCGAAUUGUUUACUCUCCAGAGGAAGCACGGGACAUCUCAUCUCAGAUGAUUGGCAGGAAGUUGUACACCAAA